CGGUCCCAGCUGCAGCGCGCCGCCUGGGUGGCUGGGCAGCCCAUGGGCAGCAGCGAGGGCCACGAUGACAGAUUACGGCGAGGAGCAGCGCAACAAGCUGGAGGCUCUGGAGUCCAUCUACCCCGACUCCUUCACAGUAUUAUCAGAAAAUCCACCCAGUUUCACCAUUACUGUGACAUCUGAGGCUGGAGAAAAUGAUGAAACUGUCCAGACUACCCUCAAGUUCACAUACAGUGAAAAAUACCCAGAUGAAGCCCCUCUUUAUGAAAUAUUCUCCCAGGAAAAUCUAGAAGAUAAUGAUGUCUCAGAUAUUUUAAAACUAUUAGCGUUACAGGCAGAAGAAAACCUUGGUAUGGUAAUGAUCUUUACUUUAGUGACAGCUGUGCAAGAAAAAUUAAAUGAAAUAGUAGAUCAAAUAAAAACUAGAAGAGAAGAAAAGAAACAAAAAGAGAAAGAGGCAGAAGAAGCUGAAAAGCAAUUAUUUCAUGGCACUCCUGUCACAAUUGAGAAUUUCUUAAGUUGGAAGGCCAAGUUUGAUGCAGAACUCUUGGAAAUUAAAAAGAAAGGAAUGAAAGAAGAAGAACAAGCAGGAAAAAAUAAAUUAAAUGGGAAACAGCUAUUUGAAACAGAUCACAAUCUUGACACAUCUGAUAUCCAGUUUUUGGAAGAUGCUGGAAACAAUGUGGAGGUAGAUGAAUCCCUGUUCCAGGAAAUGGAUGACUUGGAGCUAGAGGAUGAUGAGGAUGAUCCAGACUAUAAUCCUGCUGACCCAGAGAGUGAUCUGACUGACUAAUGGACUAUCCCCGUCUACAGAGAGGUGUGACUGCCACAGCAUCUGUGGCUGUGUGGAGGUGUUGAUUUUCCUUUCUUUUUUUCUAAGAAAAAAUAAUUUUCAGGAGAAUAUUCUUCUGAUAGCUUUCAUCAUUGAACUUAAUAAACUGACCUUAAAGUUUCAAAUAUAA